GGCUUCCGUCCUCAUUCUCCAGCCGGGGAUCGCACUCCGGCUUCCCUGCUUUGACAUAGCGUCACUUGUGAAACAGAAGAGGAGGAAGGAAGAAAAGACGCACUCGGGCCAAACCCCAUCCGCACCAGCAGGAGAAGAUGUCCGAGCCCAAUAAGUACCGAGAGUGGAUCCUGGAAACAAUCGACUCUCUCCGCUCGAGGAAAGCCCGUCCCGAUCUGGAGAGGAUUUGUCGAAUGGUCCGAAGACGACACGGGUCAGACCCGGACCGAACCAGGACAGAACUGGAGAAACUGAUACAAGAGCAGACCGUGCUCAAAGUUAGCUACAAGGGCUCCAUAUCGUACCGGAAUGCAGCGAAGGUGCAGAGGAAAAGCCGAAAGAAGAGUGAGUUUACGGCCGCUGGCAGCAGCAGCAGCAGCGGCGCGGAGGCAGCGAGGGAGCGGACCAAACACCACCAUCCGAACAACAACAGUGCUCACAGCUUCACCGACCAGGAGGAGGAAGAGGAAGACUCGGAGCCCAGCCCAGGUCCCCACACUCAAACAUCAGCCACCGACAAGAAGCCCAAGCCUGCCUCCAGCCCGAGUAGCGGAAACGGGUUCCAGAGCUGUGGCGCAACAUCGGGCUGCGCUUUCGGGAGCGGCAGUGAAGAGGAGAAAGCAAGUGCACCUAGAGGCGAGGGAUUAGGACAGCAGGGAGUGGGGGACUGUAACAUAACACACGCACACGACGACGGCGGUGGCGAUGCCAGCGGGAUAACGCCGAGCAAAGCCGAUGCAGUUCGGGGAGAAAAGGAGCGGUGUUUGUCCCGAGAUGACACCCAGAACAAAACUUCCUCCGGGAGCGUCGGAGACCACCCGCAGCAACAGAGAGAGACUGCGCCCCUCAAGCCCAAACUUCGAGUCGGAGGAGGAGGGGGAACCAAAACAGCGGGGAACCACGCCAACUCCGACCUGGGCGACAGACUGGUGGCUUCUGUUCGCCGCCUGUCCGAAAAGAGCAUCCGAGGGGGCUCCACCAGCGCCACCAGAGGCCACAUGCAGCCGCUCGGGCUGAAGGAGAUCCUGGGCUACCUGAGCAGCCAAGAGCGGCUGUCGGAGGAGAAGCUGACCCGAGGCAAAGUCAAAGUGGUCAUGGAGAGAGAGGUGGCGAGGGGCCGGCUACGCAGGACCCGCUGCGGGAACAUCACUUUGCCGCUGAGGGGGGUGGUGACGGAGGAGCCGAGGACCGCGGACAGACUUGUGAAGAGCGCACUGCAGGACACGGUGACAAAGCCGCCGUCCCCCUCUCCCAGGGAGAAUGAGGCGAUGGAAACAGCCAGUGAAGAAGAGGAUCCCCGGAGCUCAGACGAGGAGGAAGGUCUAUCCCCUGUAGCCAUGACAACCGAUCCGGAGCUCAUUGAGAAAACCUCAGAAGAUGCUCCAGAGAUCCAGGCGGCAUCAAAGCAGGAGAGCUCCCAGCAGCAGCACAGGGGUAAAGGGAUGGGUGGGAUUGAUUCCCUCACCAGGACGGAGCUUCCACCUGUUCAAGGAGCUUCACUGUGCUCAUGUAACAGCGCACACUUAGAGGAGAGAGCUGUCCGUCCUGAUCAGCUACAGAAGGAGGCACAUGAUGACACAACCAACCACACCCCCUCAGGCUUUAACAGUCUGGAGUGUAAGACAGAGGUUGGCAUGUCGUCCUGCCUGCUCACACCCACUGCCUCCCCGAGAGACUCCGGCGUGUGUGAGGAGCGAGGGAUGAACGGAGGACUUGGCGGUGGAGGAGGGUUUAUAAAGUCUGAGGGGACCAUUGGGAGCCCGAUGGACUGGACAGUGUCUGAUGUGGUCAGUUAUUUCACAGAAGCAGGUUUCCCUGAGCAGGCGGCUGCAUUCGGGAUCCAGGAAAUCGAUGGCAAGUCUCUUCUCCUGAUGCAGCGUAACGAUGUUUUGACAGGCCUGUCGAUCAGACUCGGCCCCGCCCUCAAGAUCUACGAGCGCCAUGUAAAGGUUCUGCAGAAAACACACUUUGAUGAGGAGGACUGUUAACAACAGAAGUACACACAGACUGUUGUGUCUGUUGUAUCUACAUAUAGCUCAAGUUAUCAAAUACUAUACAACUAUAUGCAUGAUAUACAAUACACUUCAAUGUUCAUCUCAUGUGCAACAUCAUACACAAACACACACACACACACACACACACACACACACACACACACACACACACACACACACACACACACACACACACACACUGUGAAUGCUCUGUCCCAGAAACAACACACAAAAGUAGAGCUGGAAAGGAGCCAAAAGGAGCACAAAUGUUGGAGUGAGUAGGAAGACUUAAAAUGUAAGAUGCAGAGGAUGCACAAAAUAAUGCAAUAUCCCCAAUAUCAAGCACUUUGAAAUGUAUCGACCAAACUGUGCAAAAUGUUUUUAUUGUGUUUAUAUAUUAGUUUGCUCUGACCUUUAUGCACAUUUUGAAAGAGGUCGGGUCUGUGUGGAAGUUAUAAAAAAAACUUUUGGCUUUUUGAGGCACUGAUGCAAGGGUUACUUGCUUGUAGGUGUGUGUUUUGUACACAUACUGUGAGUGUGUGUAGAGGCAUGGAAUAGUAGGUUGGAUUGAGCAGAAACAUUCCCUGAAACUUAGAUGGUUGGCACGCUGACCCGUCAGUCGUCCUAUAUGUCAGGAUAAAAUCCCGUGCAGGGUCGAUGACCUUGUACAAGGUCCUUGGACAAAGCAAUAAACUCGUAAUUCACCCUAGAUGUUCAAGAGGUUGUUGAAUCUUGUCAGCUCGCUGAUCGGCAGGUAGUUGAUUUUGUGUAUAUUUCAGAUACAAAACUCUUUGACAUAAUGUUUUUAAGCAGAGCUCGCAUUAUCUGUUCUGACCUAUGCAUCAGCACAUUGGGGGCCAGUUUCACAGACAGAUUGUGGCUUAGAUCAAACCAGUAACACUCAGAGACGUCAAAAUGAAUCCGCCGCACAAAGCUUUUCCGUUAGUGACUGUCUUAAGAAAGGACUUCUUUGCAAUAGAAUAGCCAAUAUAAGAGUUUUUCCAAUAAACAUGUUUGCCCCCUGGAAGGAUUAAAUGAUCAAAACAACACUUUUUCUUGGGAGAUUCAGCAAUAAUAACAAUUCACAAAACGUAUCUACUGUAAAAAUGUUUGAAACAUCAUGCAUUCUUAUUACUCUACUCUUAUUCUAAUCAUGAAUCGAGAGCCAUGUUUUCCCUUUAUAUAGUUGUUGGGUGCCACUGGUCACCAUUGUAACCAGGUGAUUGUAGUCAUAGAAACAUGGCUCUUAGUUCAGAGUUAGCGUUGGGGUACGGCAGCUUAAUUUUAGGUCCCCAAAAAAAAUGUAACUUGCAUUAGACUCACCAUAGUAGGAUAUUAAGACUGGACUAACACUACACACAAGUCUUUAUGUUGUUGUGAAACUGGCCUCAGAAAUGUUGAUCAAACAAGCCGGCUCACUGAACUGAAAUCAGCAGAACAAUCGGAUCUCACUUAGUGUAAAUAGAUAAAAAAUGAUGUCCAUCCAAUACAUCAGCCUCCAUUUGUAAGUAACUGAGAAACAACUAUCUAACUGAAAGAUGUUAUGGCAGGGUAAAGCUGAGCCAAUCAAUAAUCUGAUAACACCAGCAUUUUUCAACUAUUACCGGUCAAACCUUAGAAAACCAAUGCUGCCAAAUGAUCACACGUCUCAUUCCCACCGUCACUGUCACGACAAAUAUUCCAGGUUUGGUAUCUCUGUGCAUAAAUUAUAAAAUGAUGUUUAUCUUUUCUCAUAUCUGUGUGUUUAUCUUCUGUUUGUUUAGCAUAAUGCUGUCAUGUUCUGAAUGUUUUCAGUCCACUCUCAACACACCAAUAGUUCUUAAAACCUCCUCUACCUCUUUCCCCUUCACUUUCACUUACUUUGCAUAUCCAGAAACACGUUACAGUAGGCCUGUCACAAUUCUGUUCUUAAGAAUUUUCAGAAUGUGAAAGAAAUAUUAAAAUAUCACAAAAAAAGACCACACAUCCAAAACACAAGUUAGAUUAGAUUUUGGUCUCUGUUAACAAAAAUGUGUAAUACCCAAAUCAUUGAAUGUUGGCUAAAGUGUUGGUGACAUUGUUAUGUAAAAAAAAAUGCAUGGAAAACAACAUGCAUAUAACAACAGGUAGUACUGAGAUUAUCAAAAAUGUUUGAGUUCACAUACUUUAGUCUAAAUCUCAAGUUAUUCCACUUAUUUUAACAUGUAUGUUACGUUCGUUGCCACUGUUAUCAAUCAAAUCAAUUCAUUGUCAUUAGUUGAACCUGUUGGAGAGGACAGCUGUGUCUGAGUCCAGAUUCUCAUGAGGGCAAUGUACAGUGUCUCAAGUUAUUUGUUAAAAUACUUUUUUUGUAAUAAAAGUUUUAAUUAAAAC